AUGAUGGAGGAAAAGAUAGUGCGCAAAGGGCCGCUGCCUGGAGGUCGCCAGGGCGCGUCUGGAGCUGGCGCUGGACGCGACAGCAUGCGGGCCGCCAGCCGAGCGCGGGGUGUUGCAAGACCACCUAGCAGCCCCCCGCAUCCAUCAUCCCCACCAGAAGGCUUGGUGUCGGCUGGGUCUUCUCGGACUCAGCAAGCGGCACCCGCCGCUGGUGGAGCACGUCGCAUGCGUUGGUCUAAAUUAAUGAAUGAAAACGCACUGCGGGCGUAUUUUAGGGCAAAAGGGGAAGAAACUGGAUGUUUGGCGUAUCGGGCUCGGAUGCAUCGCUUUUUUGCAGAGCUGGAGCCAUCUCUAUCCGUCACUGAGCAAAACCUGGCAGACCGAGUUAGGUACAUCCUGCGCUCCAACAUAUUUGGUGACGCCGAACUCGAGCGACUACGACGUGAGGCUAUUUCUUCAUCGAAUGGAAAUGCUACGGCUGGGAAUGCGGCGCCACUAGAUGCGCAACAAACUGCAUAUGUGGAUGCUGCCGUCAACAUUCCAUUUGUGGCUAAUUCAGACGAUGAUGGAAUAGUCUCCCACGAACUAGAGAAAAUGAGGAGCAUAUUGGAAGAGUCGAUGCUGGAAAUGCGCAGCAUGCCUCUCGAAAAUCGACCGCGACUUCCUUGCAUACCCCUUAGCAAGCGAAAUCGGGCUGUCGUGCGGGCUCUUAACCCAAUGCUGGUGACCUAUUUGGAAGCCAGCCGGGACCUUUGCGAGACGGAUUCAAUUCUUUUUGGCGCCGCACUGGCAGUAUGCCGUAUUAUUGGCGCCAAACUUCCCGUGGCUGGACGUGCUACUCAAAAAAGUAGCGCCAUCCCAGCCUGGAGAAAAAGAAUUGAGGACCGUAUCGCAAAGGCAAGGGCCCUUAUCGGCAGACUGACAAGUCGGUCGGGUAAUAAUAGACCGAGGAUUAUGCGCACCGUUAGGAUGGCGUUUGCUGGGACAAAUAUCAGUUUGUUCCAGCCGGAUAUCACGCAAAAACUAACGGAGCGCAUAGAUGACCUGAAGCAAAAAAUCGCUGCUUGGGGGAAGCGGAUUCGACGAUUUAGCGAGAGGUCAAGGUGGUUCAACCAGAAUCGUCUCUUCCAGAGUGAUCAGAAGAGGCUCUAUAAAACAGUGGAGCGACCAGAGGUAUGUGGAGCGGGCCCAGGACCGGAUCAGGCUGACACAGUCGCAUUUUGGCGUGGCCUGUGGUCAGAGCCCGUAAACCACAGCGAGGGCCCUUGGAUGGAAGUUGUGGCGAGCCAGAGUGCAAGUGUUACGCCUAUGGACCCCGUCACCAUAACGCCUGAAGACGUGGCUGAGGCGGUCCGUAGGGCCCCGAACUGGAAAAGUCCGGGGCUCGACGGGCUGCAUCAUUACUGGCUGAAGGGGUUCGUAGUGUGUCACGCUGUGCUCGCCCGACAGUUUCAAGAGGCUCUCGAUCAGAAGUCGCUCCCGAGCCUCUUCACUACUGGGAUCACUCAUUUGGUUCCUAAAGAUCAGGAUACCACAGACCCGAGCAAAUACCGCCCCAUCACGUGUCUACCCACCAUAUAUAAGACACACUUUUGGGCGAGAAUCACUCGUCACCUGGAGCUAAAUCAGGUGAUGUCACGCGCUCAAAAUGGAUGCCGGGGCGGGGGUCGUGGAACAAGGUGA